CUGGAGGAGGAAGUGGUACGGUUGGUGCUCCCUCGGCGCCCACCCGUGGGUCCCGGGGCGCGGAGAGGGGCUGCCGUCGCUGCCACCGCGUCGCGCCUUCCUACUGUUCCCCUCCAUGUGCCCCGGCGCCGUUGCUCGCCUUCCUCAGGCCGCCGCUUACCCGGGGGUCUAUGGAAGUAAUGGAAGGACCCCUCAACCUGUUGGCUGAUAAAUGUUGAUAUUUUAUUGAAGAAGAAAAUAAAUAAAAUUCAAGCUCAAUUUGUUUAGGCUCAUCAACAGAGCAGACGAGCAGAUCGUUUAUUAGCUGCAGGGAAAUACGAAGAGGCUAUUUCUUGUCACAAAAAGGCUGCAGCAUAUCUUUCUGAAGCCAUGAAGCUGACACAGUCUGAGCAGGCUCAUUUAUCACUGGAACUGCAAAGAGACAGCCACAUGAAACAGCUUCUCCUCGUCCAGGAGAGGUGGAAGAGGGCAAAGCGUGAGGAAAGACUGAAAGCCCAGCAGAGCGUAGACAAGGAUGCAGCUGCCCAGCUUCAGGCGUCGCACAGACCCUCUGCUGAGGACGCAGAGGGCCAGAGUCCCCUUCUCGCUCAGAAGUACAGCCCUUUCACAGAGAAACACCUGCCUGAAAUUCAGGGGGUUUUUGACAGGGAUCCAGACACACUACUAUUUUUACUUCAGCAGAAGAGUGAGCCAACAGAGCCAUGCAUUGGAAGCAAAGCCCCAAAAGAUGAUAAAACAAUUAUAGAGGAGCAGGCAACCAAAAUUGCAGAUUUGAAGAGGCAUGUGGAAUUCCUUGUGGCUGAGAAUGAAAGAUUAAGGAAAGAAAAUAAACAACUAAAGGCUGAAAAGGCCAGACUUCUAAAAGGCCCAAUAGAAAAGGAGCUGGAUGUAGAUGCUGAUUUUGUAGAAAAGUCUGAGUUAUGGAGCUUGCCACCACAUUCAGAAACUGCUACAGCCUCUUCAACCUGGCAGGAGUUUGCCGCAAAUACUGGGAAAGCCAAGGAUAUUCCAAUACCCAAUCUUCCUCCCUUGGAUUUUCCAUCUCCAGAACUUCCCCUCAUGGAGCUCUCUGAGGAUAUUCUGAAAGGACUUAUGAAUAAUUAAAAUGGAAGGGCACAGAAGAGGUGAGAAGAGGAAAUAAUGCAGUAAUACAGUUAAUCCAGCAAAAAAAAAAAGGGAAAACCACACGCAAGGGUAAUUCCGGAGAUGCCUCAUCAUCUGGCUACUGUGGAGGAGGCAUUGCCAGGACUUGGAAAACAGUCACUGUGAAAUAUGUCGCAUAUCUGAUAUACUGACUCGAGCUGAUGAUUCCAGACUUGGCAGACACUAAAUUCUCGGAGGUUUCUUUCUCCUGAUACAAACCAAAUGGCUACCUGGAAUAAUUUUUUUCAAGCAACAAUUAUUUUUCUUAUCUUCAGGGUUAAAAUGUAUAAAAGUAUGUUAUAUGUAAUUAAUCUAUAAUGCCAUAAGUGAUAAUGCAAAACCUAAAUAAUAUGGUGGCCUGAGGGACUGCCUUAUAUUUGAAACAUGCUUCUAUCAUGCAUUGACUGUAUGCAUUUUGUUAUGCACAUUUUGUUUGUUUAAUAAGGUGUGUAAGACACACCUUUCUAGAUGAAACUCUGUGUCCCACACUUUGCACUACUCAUAACAUAAUGAUAACCUCAAGACUGUCAGGAUAAAUAUUUAAAUUUCCAUUUUAUGAAGAAAGGAACCAAAUUAUUAGUUAUGCUUUUUUAAAAAAGUUACCAGUUUACAUAAUUAAUCAGGGUGCAUUUUAAGUUCUAACUUUUUUUGUUUAUUGUAUAAUGCAUCAUUUGAAAACACCAAGGAAACAUCCUUUGUUUUUAAUGAUGCAUGAGUGGAAGUAAUGCUAGUUGACAGUAUUUGAUUGUAAGAAAUCAAUAAAGUAAUUGUGUUUUAUACCUUU